CCGGGUUGUUCAAAACAUUGGUUAGUGUUAACCAGUGGUUAAAUUCAUUAUCCGCUGGUUAAAUUUUGUCCGUUGGAUAAAUUCUGUUGCUCAAAACUUAUCCAACGGAUAAAAUGCCUUAUCCAGUGGUUAACUUUAACCAGUCCUAUGACCACCGGAUAAAGCGCUUAACCAGUGGUUAAAUAUGGCUGCCUUUGACCUUCUAUACAAUGUGAACCAGAGGAAAAAGCGAGUUUUUCGCUUUAAAUCGUAUGAUUAUACGGAAGAUGAAAUUAUGCAACGGUUCCGUUUCUCUCCUGAAGGCAUUGAUUAUAUAUCAAAGAUUCUUGAUCCUUAUUUACGUCGGGAUACACAGAGAAAUAGAGCAUUGAGUGUACAAACACAGGUUCAAAUAGCUUUACGCUAUUUUGCCAGCGGCAGUCACCUGAGAGUUGUGGGUGAUGCUCUAGGAUAUGAUAUAUCUACAGUUUCAAGGACAGUAAGAGAUGUUUCUGAUGCAUUGUGUAGAAUUGGCCCAGCAUACAUUUGCUGGCCAAGCGAUAGUGAGAGGAGAGAGAUAAGAGAUGGUUUUUUUGGAAUUGCUGGGUUUCCUGGUGUGAUGGGUGCAAUUGAUUGCAACCCAUGUCGUAUACAGGGACCAUCAGAGUAUGAGAACAAUUA